ACCAACUGCGCACCUGCAGCUUUCCACCUCCUCGUCACCACUAUUGCUUUGCUCCUCCUUUCUUCGUCGUCGACUAAUUCUUUUUUCGAAAAGACACACAUCUUGCUACAAGGUUUUAUCAUCCUGUUCUUUGGCCAAGCGCCAAAGUUUUUGACCUCGCCGCACCUCCGAAGUCGAUUCCUCCAAGCUGUUGCCCUUGCAAGCCCUGGUUCAGACCUCAAGGCUUCUUACGCCUUUUCCGACACAUUUGCUAAGCACCGGGCAACUUGCCCACCAUGGUGUCACUAUGGGGAAGCAACAAAAACGACGAUGAGCAGCAGCAUGAAGAGGAUGGCCACGAUCAAAGAGCAACAACUUCACAGGACCAGCCAAGCAGGCCGUCCGAGGAUACCAACGAAAGAACGAGAUUGUUGCCUCGUCAUGAGAAUGGGGUUGGGUAUCUGAGCCCAGAUGACCCUGCUGUAUCACCCUACAACCUAUGGAGCGUUCGAGCUCUGCGAUUCUUCGAGGUCUUCUUUCUCAUGAUCACCUGCCUAUGGUGGGUAUUGCUCUUUAUCUCUAUCUUCGUCAGCCCGCCGUCGAUGCAUUCAAGAGGGUCUGGCUUCUUCGAUGUCGCCUAUACCACUCUCACCAUUGGCAACAUCGUGACGGCUCUCCUGUUCUUCGCAUCUCCAUCCACUGCUAUGAGCAUUCUCCAGAUGGCUAUCUCCGUGCUUCUGCUCAUUGACAUGAUCAUCAUUCUGGCCGUGCCACGCAUCAGAGUCGAAGAGGGUUGGAUUGGUGUCGCCUCAGUUGUUUGGGCUGCUUUGAUAGGUGGUUAUAAUGUCGUCACAAACAGAACGGUGAAAUGGGGCAAAGCCGAGGAGGAAGAACGCCUUACCGGCCGCCAAGAGACCCGUCGCACCCUCCGCGAAUGGUGCGCAGUCCUUACGGCGACAGUCCUCAUGGUCAUCUUCGUCGCCAUUACCGUUCUUCUCACCGCCGUCCUGGUCUUGCGGUCAAGAGACGCGACUUUGUCCGCUCCCGGAAAGCGCUAUCUCGUCGACGGUGACAAGUACGCGGUGCAUUUGGCCUGCGUCGGAAACCAGACUUUCAAUGCCGAUGGCAAGCCCAAUCCCACGGUCCUGCUUGAAGGAGGGUACAUGCCAGUCGAAUACUCCUUUGAAGACUGGAUGUAUGAUGCAUACACCAAUGGCACAGUCGAUCGCUACUGCUAUUGGGAUCGACCUGGCUUGGGCUGGUCCGACAAUGCGCCGUCUCCCCACUCAGCUGGCAUGUCCGCCGAUGCUAUCUCGGAGGCAUUAGCUAUUGCAGGCGAGGAUGGUCCUUGGAUCCUUGUGUCUGCCGGCAUAGGCAGCAUUUACAGCCGGGUCUUCUCUGCAAGACACCCACGUGAUAUCAAGGGCAUGAUGUUCAUCGAUGGACUGCAUGAGGACCUUCUCUACAAGAUUGCUGGUGCCGGUAGAGGCUUCGUGCUCUGGGGUCGCGGAAUCAUUUCUCCCCUUGGUCUUGACCGACUGGCUGGAGCUUUGUUCAAGGGUCGUACAAAGGAAGAUCGAGUGUACGGCAGGUCAGCUUAUCAAGGCGGCAAGUUCCUCAAGAACAAACUACAGGAGAACCUUGUUGCCGAUUCAUUCACCAAGAACGAGGUGGUUAGCGCCCGAAACAUUCAAGAUCCCAACGUACCCCUGGUUGUCGUUACGUCGGGAGUCCAUUUGAAGAAAGACAAAGACUGGGAACGAAAACAGGAGGACUUGACCAAGGUGACGGAAAAUUUGUUGGCAUGGGAUAUUGUGAAGGGGGCCCCUUCGGAGGAAGUAUGGCGGUCGCCAGAAGGAGCGAAGCUCUUGGAGAAGAGACUGGGUGAAUUGUACAAGGGGUCAUGAUGGUGAGAUCGGUCCUGAUUCACAGAGCAUGAUGCCGAUGAUGCCUAUUCAAAUAAUCUUCUAAGCAAAGCAGGCGUUUUCUGGAGUGGGAGCAUGGAUAUACGUACUAGCAGAACAAGCAUGAACCCGUACUCGUUGCAGCACCAUAAUAUAACAAACUCGUUGUCCACUGCACCAGAUCUGAAAGCAAAUUGGGCACUCGUGCUACUGGUGCUGCAAGGCUACAGUACCUAUAGGAACCGAAAGGCUCUUAACGUUUAUAGGGUUAUUAGCGAAGGGAUGACGCAACAUUGGGAGCCUGUCAAGUAGCGGCGAACGGCCUGCGACAUUGACGCGGAGAGCCUCAUCACUCUCA